AUGACCUCUCUCUUGGAACAAUCUUGCGCUCUCCAAGAGCCGCCCUACAUAGGAUACCCUGCUAGGAAAAGAACGAGGCAGUGGCCAUGGAAGACUUCAUGUCUCGUCGUUUGCCCUACGAGGUUGUGUGCUGGGAUUCAGAAGCGCCAGGCUUUGAAGGAGAUCGCGUUCAAUUUUCAGAAAAAGGCGCCCUUCCGGCUAACAGAGCGACGCCAACUUGGAGGUCCGACCGGCGAUGUCGAUUCCCGGUGGAGAUAG